GUGCGCGCCCUCGGGUCCGCCGCCGCCGCCGAUGCAGGGCUUCGCGGCUCUGCCGCCCGUGCCUCCGCGGGGUCCGCGGGGGCGGCCGCCGGAGGAGCGCCUGCCGGGGCUGGAGUGCGUCCUGCUGGGCGACGGCGCGGUGGGCAAGACCAGCCUGGCGCUCAGCUACAGCGCCAACGGCUUCCCGGCGCGCUAUCUGCCCACGGCCCUGGACCGCUACUCCGCCGUGGUGGAGGUGGACGGAGCCCCGCUGAGGCUGCAGCUCUGCGACACCGCGGGGCAGGAGGAGUUCGACGGGCUGCGCCGGCUGUGCUACCCGCGCGCCGCGGUCUUCCUGCUGUGCUUCAGCGUGGUGGCGCCCGCCUCCUUCGAGAACGUGUCGGCCCGCUGGGCCCCGGAGCUGCGGCGCCACUGCCCGGCCACGCCGGUGCUGCUGGUGGGCACCCAGGCCGACCUGCGCCACGACGUGCAGGUGCUGAUCGCGCUGGCCCGCCGCCGCCAGCGGCCCGUGCCCGCCGCCGCCGCCCGCGCCCUGGCCGCCCAGCUGGGCGCCGUGGGCUACGCCGAGUGCUCGGCGCUGACCCAGCACAACCUCAAGGAGGUCUUCGACGCCGCCAUCGCCGCCGGCCUGGGCCGCGCCCGCGCCCGGCCCUGCGCCGCCGCCCGCCUGCGGACGCUCUCCAAGGCCUGGUGGAGGAAGUACGGCUGCCUGCGCCCCUAGCCCGGCCCGCCGAGGGAGAAGCUGGCCCGGCAGGGCGAGGCCGGUCCGGCGGGAAGCCUCCCGCAGCUCCUCUCCUCGGGUUGCAAAAGGCCCCAGGAGCGCCGCCUGGCCCCGGCCCCCCUUCCAGGCGGGCGGAGAAGGGCGCACCUGGCACGGCCCGCUCGGCCCUUUCCGGGCUUGUCUCUGGCUGGGCGGCCCCGGAGCUGGCACGGUGUGCUGGAGGCGGGCGGGCUGGGCUGGGCUGGGCUGGGCUGGGCGGUCUCCGGGCCGCCUCCUGUGCAGGGGAGUGGCUGCUGUCACGGGCCCGGGGGCUGCUCCGGGAGUCUCCUCGUCAGCUGGCGGCGGCGGCGCCUGCACCAGGGACACCCAACGCCCAGGAGCCGCGUGGUGCUCCCCGCAGGCUGUGAACUCUGCCGCAGCCCCGGGCGUCUCUCUGCCAGAGCCCCCCCCUUCCUAGGUUGUGUUCACAGGGAAUUUUUCUGUGGGGGGGGCAGGUCUCUUUGGUUUUGCAUUAAAGGCGUCUUGCCGCUUCUCUCCCCCAACGUUUGAGAUUCCCUCUGGUGGUGCUU